GCAUUUCCUGUUUUCCUUUCAGCUGGUGUUGGAAAACAUCGCAGGAAAACCAUGGAGACCCACGAAGAAAUUCCAAACUUCAUUCCCUCUGCCACCAGGGGCCCAGGCCAAAAGGUCCAUAGUUGGUGCUUAGACAGAUUCAAAAUGAGGAAACACCGACAUUUGCCAUUAGUGGCCCUCUUUUGCCUCUUUCUCUUGGGCUUUUCCACGACUCAUGCCCAACAACAAGCAGAUGUCAAAAAUGGUGCCGCUGCCGAUAUAAUAUUUCUAGUGGAUUCCUCUUGGAACGUUGGAAAGGAACAUUUCCCACUCGUUCGAGAGUUUCUAUAUGAUGUUAUAAAAUCUUUAGCUGUGGGAGAAAAUGAUUUCCAUUUUGCUCUGGUCCAGUUCAACGGAAACCCACAUACUGAGUUCCUGUUAAAUACCUAUCGUACGAAACAAGAAGUCCUUUCUCAUAUUUCCAACAUGUCUUAUAUUGGGGGAAGCAAUCAGACUGGAAAAGGAUUAGAAUACGUAAUGCAGAACCACCUAACUAAGGCUGCUGGAAGCCGGGCCAGUGACGGAGUCCCUCAGGUUAUCGUAGUGUUAACCGAUGGACGCUUGGAGGACGGCCUUGCCCUGCCCUCAGCGGAACUUAAGUCUGCUGAUGUUAACGUGUUUGCAAUUGGAGUUGAGAAUGCAGAUGGAGGAGCGUUAAAAGAAAUAGCAAGUGAACCGCUCAAUACACAUGUUUUCAACCUAGAGAAUUUUACCUCCCUGCAUGACAUAGUAGGAAACUUAGUGUCCUGUGUUCGUUCAUCCGUGGCUCCAGAAAGAGCUGGAGACACAGGGACCCUUAAAGACAUCACAGCACAAGACUCUGCUGACAUAAUUUUCCUUAUUGAUGGAUCAGACAACACCGGAAGUGUGCAUUUCACAGUCAUUCGAGACUUCCUUGUGAAUCUCCUUGACAGACUCUCGAUUGGGACUCAGCAGAUACGAGUGGGGGUGGUCCAGUAUAGCGAUGAGCCCAGAACCAUGUUCUCCUUGAACACCUACUCCACCAAGGCACAGGUUCUGCAGGCGGUCAAGGCCCUCAGGUUCACUGGUGGGGAGUUGGCCAACAUUGGCCUUGCCCUUGAUUUUGUGGUGGAGAAUCACUUCACCCGGGCAGGGGGCAGCCGAGUGGAGGAAGGGGUUCCCCAGGUGUUAGUCCUCAUAAGUGCCGGGCCUUCUAGUGACGAGUUCCGUGACGCGGUGGUAGCCCUGAAGCAGGCUAGCGUGUUCUCAUUCGGUCUCGGCGCCCAGGCCGCUUCCAGGGCAGAGCUCCAGCACAUAGCUACCGAUGACAACUUGGUGUUUACUGUCCCGGAAUUCCGUAGCUUUGGGGACCUCCAGGAGCAAUUACUGCCGUACAUUGUUGGCGUGGCCCAAAGACGCAUUGUCUUGCAACCCCCAACCGUUGUCACUGAAGUCGUUGAAGUCAACAAGAGGGACAUAGUCUUCCUCGUAGAUGGCUCCUCUGCACUGGGACUGGCCAACUUCAAUGCAAUCCGCGACUUCAUUGCCAAGGUCAUCCAGAGGCUGGAGAUUGGACAGGAUCUUAUCCAGGUGGCAGUGGCUCAAUUUGCAGACACUGUAAGGCCUGAGUUUUAUUUUAAUACCUACCCCAGUAAAAGGGAAGUUAUGAACACCGUGCGGAGAAUGAAGCCCCUAAAUGGCUCGGGCCUGUAUGUGGGCUCGGCACUGGACUUUGUCCGCAACAACCUGUUCACUAGUGCGGUUGGCUACCGCGCUGCAGAGAAGGUGCCUAAGCUCUUGGUGUUGAUCAUAGGCGGUAAGUCCCUAGAUGGGGUCAGCCAGCCUGCCCAGGAGCUGAAGACAAACGGCAUCAUGGCCUUCGCCAUCGGAAACAAGGCUGCCGAUCAGGCUGAGCUGGAAGAGAUUGCUUUCGACUCCUCCCUGGUGUUCGUCCCCGCAGAGUUCCGGGUUGCCCCUUUGCAGGGCGUGCUGCCCAGCUUGCUGGCGCCCCUCAGGACCCUCUCUGGAACCACUGAAGUUCGUGUAAACAAAAGGGAUCUCAUCUUUCUUUUGGAUGGAUCACUCAACAUUGGAAAAGCCAACUUCCCUUAUGUUCGUGACUUUGUAAUGAACCUAGUUAACGGCCUUGAUGUCGGACAUGACAAUAUUCGAAUUGGUUUAGUGCAAUUUAGUGACACCCCUGUAACGGAGUUCUCUCUAGACACAUACCAGACAAAGUCAGAUGUGCUGGCCCAUCUGAGGCAGCUGCAGUUCAAGGGGGGCUCAGGCCUGAACACGGGCUCGGCCCUGAGCUUUGUGCAUGCCAACCACUUCACCGAAGCUGGCGGCAGCAGGAUCCAUGAACACGUGCCGCAGCUCCUGCUUCUGCUUACAGCCGGGCAGUCUGAGGACUCCUAUUUGCAAGCUGCCAAUGCGCUAGCGCGCGCAGGCGUGCUGACCUUUUGCGUGGGCACUAGCCAGGCGAAUAAGGCCGAGCUUGAGCAGAUUGCUUUUAACCCGAGCCUGGUGUAUCUCAUGGAUGAUUUCAGCUCCCUGCCAGCUCUGCCUCAGCAGCUGAUUCAGCCCCUAACCACAUAUGUUAGUGGAGGUGUGGAAGACGUUCCACUCGCCCAGCCAGAGAGCAAGCGAGACAUCCUGUUCCUCUUUGAUGGCUCAGCCAAUCUUGUGGGCCAGUUCCCAGCUGUCCGAGACUUCCUCCAUAAGGUCAUCGAUGAGCUGAACGUGAAGCCUGACGGGACCCGGAUUGCGGUGGCUCAGUACAGCGAUGAUGUCAGGGUGGAGUCCCGUUUCAAUGAGCACCAGAAUAAGCCCGAGAUCCUGAACCUAGUGAAGAGGAUGAAGAUCAAGACGGGCAAAGCCCUCAACCUGGGCUACGCCCUAGACUAUGCGCAGCAACACAUCUUUGUGAAGUCAGCUGGGAGCCGGGUCGAGGACGCAGUGCCUCAGUUCCUAGUGCUGUUGGUGGCUGGGAGGUCAUCCGACCGCUUUGAUGGGCCCGCCAAUAACCUGAGACAGAGCUCCGUGGUGCCUUUCAUCCUCCAAGCCAAGAACGCAGACCCUGCAGAGUUAGAGCAGCUAGUGCCGUCUCCUGCAUUCAUUCUGGCUGCUGAAUCGCUUCCCAAGAUUGGCGAGCUCCAGCCCCAGAUCGUGAACCUCAUAAAGACAGUGCAUGGUGGGGCGCCAACACCAGUUUCAGGUGAAAAGGACGUGGUCUUUCUGAUUGACGGCUCCGAGGGCGUCAGGAGUGGUUUCCCCCUGUUGAAAGAGUUUGUCCAGAGACUGGUGGAGAGCCUGGAUGUGGGCCAAGAUCGGGUACGCGUGGCGGUGGUGCAGUACAGUGACCGGACCAGGCCCGAGUUCUACCUGAAUUCGUACACGGACCAGCAGGGCGUUGUCAACGCUAUACGCAGGCUGACCCUUCUGGGGGGGCCGACUCCCAACACCGGGGCAGCCCUGGAGUUUGUCCUGAGGAAUAUCCUCACCAGCUCUGUGGGCAGCAGGAUUGCAGAAGGCGUCCCCCAGCUUCUGAUUGUUCUCACGGCUGACAGGUCUGGAGAUGACGUGCAGGGCCCUUCAGUGGUCCUCAAGAGGGGAGGGGCAGUACCCAUCGGCAUUGGCAUCGGGAACGCCGACAUCUCGGAGAUGCAGACCAUCUCCUUCAUCCCAGACUUUGCCGUGGCCAUCCCCACCUUCCAGGAUCUGGGGACCAUCAACCAGCUUGUCUCUGAGAGAGUGAUCCAGCUCAACCGCAAAGAGCUGGACAGAUUGCGACCAGUCCUCCCACCAAGUCCAGGUGUUGGCAACAAGAAGGAUGUGGUCUUCCUCAUUGAUGGAUCUCAAAGUGCUGGACCUGAGUUUCAGUACAUCCGCACUCUCAUCGAAAGGCUGGUCGACUACCUGGAUGUGGGCUUUGACACCACCCGGGUUGCAGUUAUCCAGUUCAGUGAGGACCCCAAAGUGGAGUUUCUGCUGAAUGCCCACUCCAGCAAGGAUGAGGUGCAGAAUGCUGUGAGGCGGCUGAGGCCCAAGGGUGGCAGACAAGUCAACGUUGGGGGGGCCCUGGAGUACGUGUCAAAGAACAUCUUCAAGAGGCCACUGGGAAGCCGCAUCGAAGAGGGUGUCCCUCAAUUCCUGGUCCUCAUCUUAUCCAGGAAGUCUGAUGACCAGGUGGAUGACUCGGCAGCAGAGAUCAAGCAGUUUGGGGUGGCACCUUUUACCAUUGCAAGGAAUGUAGACCAGGAGGAGCUGGUUAAGAUCUCUCUUAGCCCUGAAUAUGUGUUCUCUGUGAGCACCUUCAGGGAGCUGCCCAGCUUGGAGCAGAAACUGCUUACUCCCAUCACGACCCUAACUUCUGAGCAAAUUCAACGUAUCCUCGCCAGCACGCGUUAUCCUCCUCCAGCUAUUGAGAGCGACGCUGCAGACAUCGUCUUCCUAAUUGAUAGUUCUGACGGUGUUAAGACUGACGGCAUUGCACACAUUCGAGACUUUGUUAUCAGGAUUGUUCGAAGACUCAACAUUGGCCCCAGCAAGGUGAGAAUCGGUCUGGUGCAGUUCAGCAACGAGGUCUUUCCCGAGUUCUACCUGAAGACCUAUAAAUCCCAGGCCACUGUGCUUGAUGCCAUACGUCGCCUGAGGUUCAAAGGAGGCUCUCCGCUGAACACUGGCCAAGCCCUGGAAUUUGUGGCAAGAAAUCUCUUUGUGAAGUCGGCUGGAAGCAGGAUAGAAGACGGUGUGCCCCAACACCUAGUCUUGUUUCUUGGCGGAAAAUCCCAGGAUGAUGUUUCCAGGUUUUCACAGGUGAUAAGCUCCUCUGGGAUUGUGAGCUUGGGAGUCGGAGACCGCAACAUCGACAGAGCUGAGCUGCAGACCAUCACCAACAACCCCAGGCUGGUCUUCACCGUGCGAGAGUUUAGAGAGCUUCCCAACAUAGAAGACAGGGUUAUAAACUCAUUCGGACCCUCCGGAGCCACGCCUGCACCUCAGGGAGUGGAUACACCUUCACCCCCACGGCCAGAGAAAAAGAAAGCAGACAUCGUGUUCCUGUUGGAUGGUUCCAUCAAUUUCCAGAGGGACAGUUUCCAGGAAGUGCUCCGUUUUGUGUCUGAAAUUGUGGACACGGUUUAUGAAGGGGGUGACUCCAUCCAGGUGGGGUUAGUCCAGUACAAUUCUGACCCCACGGAUGAGUUCUUCCUGAAGGACUUUUCCACCAAGGAGCAGAUUAUUGACGCCAUCAACAAAGUGGUCUACAAAGGGGGACGACAUGCCAACACCAAAGUGGGCAUUGAGCACCUGCGGCUGAACCACUUCGUGCCUGAGGCGGGGAGCCGCCUGGACCAGAGAGUCCCGCAGAUUGCGUUUGUGAUCACAGGAGGCAAGUCAGUGGAGGACGCUCAGGAGGCAAGCCAGGUGCUCACCCAGAAAGGUGUCAAGGUUUUUGCGGUGGGUGUGAGGAAUAUCGACUCAGAGGAGGUUGGGAAGAUAGCGUCCAACAGUGCCACAGCGUUCCGAGUGGCGAACGUGCAGGAGCUGUCGGAGCUGAGCGAGCAAGUUCUGGAAACAUUGCAUGACGCAAUGCAUGAAACCUUAUGUCCUGGUGUAUCUGAUGUCUCCAAAGCCUGUAAUAUAGACGUGAUUCUGGGAUUUGAUGGUUCAAGUGAUCAGAAUGUAUUCGUGGCCCAGAAGGGACUUGAGUCCAAGGUGGACGACAUCUUGAAUAGAAUCAGCCAGAUGCAAAGGAUCAGCUGUACUGGUAACCAGGCGCCCACGGUGCGAGUGUCCAUAGUGGCCAACACGCCCUCGGGGCCGGUGGAGGGCUUUCCCUUUGACGAGUACCAGCCGGAGCUGUUCGAGAAGUUCCAAAACAUGCGCACCCAGCACCCCUAUGUCCUCACUGCUGACACGCUGAAGGUCUAUCAGAACACGUUCAGGGCGUCCUCAUCGAACAAUGUGAAGGUGGUCAUUCAUUUUACUGACGGGGUGGAUGGGGACCUGGGUGCUUUACAAAGAGCGUCUGAGGAACUCCGACAAGAAGGUGUCCACGCUCUGAUCUUCGUGGGCCUUGAGCGGGUGGCCAACCUGGAGAGGCUGAUGCAGCUGGAGUUCGGCCGAGGGUUCAUGUACAACAGGCCCCUGAGGUUGAACCUGCUGGAUUUGGAUCACGAACUAGCAGAGCAACUUGACAACAUUGCCGAGAAAGCUUGCUGUGGGGUCCCCUGCAAGUGCUCUGGACAAAGGGGAGACCGGGGGCUCCUUGGCAGCAUCGGGCCGAAGGGCAUUUCUGGAGAAGAUGGCUACCGGGGUUACCCUGGAGACGAGGGUGGACCGGGAGAAAGAGGCCCACCCGGCGUGAAUGGCACCCAAGGUUUCCAGGGCUGCCCUGGUCAGCGGGGGAUAAAGGGCUCUCGUGGUUUCCCAGGAGAGAAGGGCGAAUUAGGAGAAAUAGGGCUGGACGGCCUCGAUGGUGAAGAUGGAGACCAUGGGCUGCCUGGCUCUUCAGGAGAGAAGGGAAGUCCUGGAAGAAGGGGUGAUAAAGGACCGAGUGGAGACAACGGAGAAAGAGGGGAUGUUGGAAUCAGGGGGGACCCGGGUGACUCCGGAAGGGACGGACAGCAACCAGGACCCAAAGGAGAAACCGGUGAGAUCGGGCCCAUGGGCCUCCCUGGGAGAGACGGAGUGUCCGGAGGUCCUGGAGAGCCUGGGAAGGACGGCAGCUUUGGCCGAAGGGGACCAGCAGGAAAUAAGGGCAGCAAGGGCAACCCAGGCCAGCCCGGCUUUGUGGGAGAACAGGGGACCAGAGGUGCACAGGGUCCCCCUGGUCCCACUGGGCCUCCAGGCCUGAUUGGCGAGCAAGGCAUCCCUGGAUCUCGGGGAGCUGGAGGGACCGCGGGGGUUCCCGGAGAACGUGGCAGAAGCGGUCCCCUGGGAAGAAAGGGUGAGCCUGGAGAGCUGGGACCACAAGGAGGUGCUGGGAACCGUGGCCCUCGUGGGGAGACGGGAGAUGACGGACGUGAUGGUGUGGGCAGUGAAGGACGCAAAGGCAAGAAGGGAGAAAGAGGAUUCCCUGGUUACCCAGGACCAAAGGGCACUCCUGGCGAGCCUGGGACAGAUGGAGCAGCAGGACCCAAGGGGAUCCGAGGUCGAAGGGGAAAUUCGGGACCCCCAGGGAUAGCUGGACAGAAGGGAGACCCUGGCUACCCAGGACCAUCUGGCCACAAAGGAAACAGAGGAGACUCAAUUGAUCAAUGUGGCCUUGUCCAAAGCAUCAGAGAUAAAUGUCCUUGCUGCUAUGGGCCCCUGGAGUGCCCCGUCUUCCCAACAGAGUUGGCCUUUGCUUUAGACACCUCUGAGGGGGUCACCCAGGACAUAUUUAACCGAAUGAGAGAUGUGCUUUUGAAGAUUGUGGGUGACUUGACCAUCGCCGAGAGCAACUGCCCAAGGGGGGCCCGCGUGGCUGUGGUCACCUAUAACAACGAGGUGACCACUGAGAUCCGGUUUGCUGACUCCAAGAAGAAGUCUGUCCUCUUGGACAGGAUCAACAACCUUCAAGUGUCUCUGACAUCCAAGCAACAGAGUCUGGAAACUGCCAUGUCCUUCGUGGCCAGAAACACAUUUAAGCGCGUGCGGAGUGGAUUCCUGAUGAGGAAAGUGGCUGUUUUCUUCAGUAAUAAACCCACAAGAGCAUCCCCACAGCUCAGAGAGGCUGUGCUGAAGCUCUCAGAUGCUGGAAUUACACCCUUGUUCCUUACGAGCCAGGAGGACCAGCAGCUUAUCAAUGCUUUGCAGAUCAAUAACACUGCAGUCGGACAUGCGCUUGUUCUACCUGCUCAGGGGGACCUCACCGACUUCUUGAAGAAUGUCCUGACUUGUCACGUGUGCCUGGACAUCUGCAACAUUGACCCAUCCUGUGGAUUUGGCAGCUGGAGGCCAGUGUUCAGGGACAGGAGGGCAGCUGGCAGCGACGAAGACAUCGACAUGGCUUUCAUCUUAGACAGCUCUGAGUCGACCACACUGUUUCAGUUCGAUGAGAUGAAGAAGUACAUCGCGUACCUGGUCAGACAGCUGGACAUGAGCCCAGACCCCAAGGCCUCCCAGCACCUUGCAAGAGUGGCAGUAGUGCAGCACAUGCCCUACGCAUCUGUGGGGAACACCAGUCUGCCACCUGUGAAGGUGGAAUUCUCCCUGACCGACUACGGCUCCAAGGAGAAGCUGGUGGAAUUCCUCAGCAGUGGAAUGACCCAGCUGCAAGGAACCAGGGCCUUGGGCAGUGCCAUUGAAUACACGAUAGAGAACGUGUUUGAAAGUGCACCAAACCCACGGGACCUGAAAAUCGUGGUUCUGAUGCUGACUGGCGAGGUGCAGAAGCAGCAGCUGGAGGAGGCCCAGCGAGCCGUCCUGCAGGCCAAAUGCAAGGGCUACUUCUUUGUGGUUCUGGGCAUUGGCCGGAAGGUGAACAUCAAGGAGGUGUAUGGCUUUGCCAGCGAGCCAAAUGAUGUCUUCUUCAAGCUCGUGGACAAGUCGACCGAGCUGAGCGAGGAACCUUUGAUGCGCUUUGCACGGCUGCUGCCUACCUUUAUUAGCAGUGAAAAUGCUUUUUACUUGUCCCCAGACAUCAGGAAACAAUGUGAUUGGUUCCAAGGGGACCAGCCAGCCAAGAAUUCUGUGAAGUUUGGGCACAAACAAGUAAACAUCCCAAAUAAUGUUACUUCAAGUCCUACAACCAAACCGGUGACCACAACGAAGCCAGUGACCACAACAACAAAGCCAGUGACCACAACAACGAAGCCAGCAACUAUCGUAAAUCUGCCAUCUGCAAAGCCAGCCCCUGUGAGACCUGUGGCUACCAAGCCUGAGACCCAGAAGACGGCCACUGUACGACCACUGGCCGCAAAGCCAGCGGCUGCGGCAAAGCCAGCUGCCCCGAAGCCUGCCGCCCGGGGGCCAGUUGCCCCAAAACCCGUGGCUGCUGCAAAACCCGUAGCCACAAAGCCUGCUGCCCCAAAGCCUGAGGCUGCCAGGCCACCAGCAGGAAAACCAGCUGCCAUCAAGCCUGGGGGGAGGGUGUCCCGAGAGGUCCAUGUCUCUGAGAUCACAGAGAACAGUGCCAAGCUCCACUGGGACAGGCCUGAGCCCCCAAGUCCAUAUUUCUAUGACCUCACUGUCACAUCGGCCCAGGAUCAGUCCCUAGUUCUGAAGCAGAACCUCACAGGCACAGACCGCGUCAUUGGAGGCCUGCUUGCCGGGCAGACCUACCACGUCUCCAUCGUCUGCUACCUGAGGUCUCAGGUCAAAGCGACCUACCAAGGCAGCUUCAGUACAAAGAAAACUCACCAACCACCUCCACAACCAGCAAGGUCAGCCUCUAGUUCAGCCAUCAAUCUGAUGGUGAGCACCGAACCUUUUGUUGGUACUGAAACAGAUAUAUGCAAGUUGCCAAAAGAAGAAGGAACUUGCAGAAAGUUCAUGUUAAAAUGGUACUAUGAUGCAGAGACCAAAAGCUGUGCCCGAUUUUGGUAUGGAGGCUGUGGUGGAAAUGAAAACAGAUUCAAUUCACAGAAAGAAUGUGAAAAAGUUUGCGUUCCUGUACUUGUCAACCCCGGCGCCAUCACUGCAAUAGGAACCUAGACUUGGCCGGCCAGCAACACUUACCUCUUAAAGAAGAAGGAGUCAGCCAUUUCCAACUUGUCUUUGUAGAAGCUGUGGGUAUAGAUGACCUUGCCCUGUAUCAUUUCAUGCUUUGAUUUACACUCGAACUUGAGAGGAUACGUUCUGCUGCAUGUCCUAUCAAUAUGGUGCUAAAUGUGUCUGUGGACCCAAUGCUUUUUGUCUCCAGGCAGUUACAUUGUAUACCUUGAACGUUGUGUAACAGUUACCCACUGCUGGUGUUUAUGUGAACAUUUCUGUACACUCCGAUUCCUUCUGGAGUUUCAUGUUAUGCCUGUUUCAGGCAAAUGCAAGGUCUAGAAGAUAACCCUCAACUUCACAGCUACUCUAUAUACUUUCGCUUGGUUCGUUUUUCCCCCUUAAUUAAGCAUGAUUUUAGAUGGAAAGCCUGUGUAUGGUGGAUAAAAAGAGUCCAACUUUUCCAUUUUUUCCAGCUUCCUGGAUUAGAUUUCAAGCUAGUGUUCUUCUUUUAAAGCCUGUAACAAAUGAUCUAGUUAGAAUGAAGCAAAAUCCCUUAAUCUAGGUGCACUGUUGGGACCAAUGUCUUGAUUAAAGAAUUUUGACAAAGUCAUAAUAUAGAAUAUUUUUGGCAUUCCUCUAAUGUUGUAGUUUUUUUUUUUUUGUGGGGGGGUUAAUUUUAAUUUUAAAAAUUUUAGGAAAUUUAUACAAAGAAACUUUUUAAUAAAGUAUAUUGAAAGUGUU